AUGACGAUCUUCAAAUCCUCUUACUACGAUAAGGACUACAGAGCGGGUGCCGCGCUCAUCCGCGCCCGACGGCCGUAUCUGAUUAAAAAUGCUGUUACUGGGCUCGCAUUGUUCGGCCUCUGUAUAGGCGUUUAUGCUUUCACCAUAAAUGCUGUCGGACAAGAUGAUUUUUCAGACGUGCAGAUUCCAGAAAAGAAAAAGGCCAGCCCAGCCCCGUCGCAGGGGACGAAAUAA